AAGCUAGAAGCUUUCCUCUGCCUCUGGGUCCCUUAAAAGCAGCGCGGCGAGCCCAGGGCUGUCAGUGGGAUGUGGGGAUGGGGGCACGGUGGGGAGCCCUACCCCCACUGACCCGGCUCUGCAGGAGGAGCACCGAACCAACCCAUCAGGAGACACCGAGGGGGACCAGAGCGCAACAUGAGGGGUAAAAUGAAAAACUGUCCUUGGGAGAGCAGCUCCUGAGAGCUGUGACGGAGCCCCGCGGAUCGCUGCCUCCCUAAGGCUCAGCCCAGCCUGGAGCUGGGUGGCUUUGCUGCGAGGAUGGAAGUGCUGCGCCGCUCCUCCGUCUUUGCUGCAGAGGUGAUGGAGGUGUUUGACAGGUCUCCCACUGACAAGGAGCUUGUGUCCCAAGCCAAGGCCCUCUGCAGGGACUACAUCAACUCGAGGCUGAUCCGUGCAGGCGUCAGCUGGAGCAAACCUGAGCACAAUACCCCGGUGCCUGGCGGCAAGCUGGCUGAGGUGUCUGCCAUCCUGCUGCGCCUGGGGGACGAGCUGGAAUACAUUCGCCCCAAUGUCUAUCGCAACAUCGCCCGCCAGCUGAACAUCUCGCUGCACUCGGAGACGGUGGUGACGGAUGCUUUCCUGGCCGUGGCUGCACAGAUCUUCACUGCAGGCAUAACAUGGGGCAAGGUGGUGUCUCUCUACGCUGUGGCAGCGGGGCUGGCAGUGGACUGUGUGCGUCAUGCACAGCCAGCCAUGGUCCACACCAUCGUGGACUGCCUGGGAGAGUUUGUCCGCAAGACCUUGGUGACGUGGCUGAAGAGGCGAGGAGGCUGGGCAGACAUCACCAAGUGCGUGGUGAGCACCGACCCCAGUCUCCGCUCCCACUGGCUCGUGGCCGCCAUCUGCAGCUUUGGGCACUUCCUCAAGGCCGUCUUCUUCGUGUUGCUGCCCGAGAGAUGAGUCCCACUGCCCCGUGCCCCAUCUCCUCCCCCACUCCAGAAGCAGUGGCCGUGGGCUCUGAAGAGGAGGAAAAGAAGAACUGGUACAGACGCAACUUGUUCUCCACUCCCUUAGCUGGUGGCAGCUGAUGGACUUCAUUCUCCUUUGAUGGCCACAGGAGCCUCUCCCACCGUUCAUGUCCCAGGGACCCUGUUUCCCAUGGGGACCAGAGGAGGAAGGAGCUACGAUUUGAAAUGAAAUGGGAAGAAGAGAGGAGGAGCAGCCCUCCCUCAGUGCAUGCAAUCCCCUUUCAGUCUUCAGACUCGCCUUGUGUCACUUCUUGUUGUGUUUUGCUAAGACUCCAUCUCCUCCUCGCUCUCUGGACUCGCUCCUCCUCGCUCUGUCAUUGGGCUCUCCCCACAGCACAGCGUGACAGACCUACCGUGCUGUGAUGGGAUUUGCAUGGGAUGAAACCAGAUGUACCAUCAUCAGAUGCUUCCCCCUCUGACCUUCCUUGGGAAAUGCAUUUUGUGGUGUGUGUGCAGAGCAGCUGCAUGGGAUACAGUUGGCAAGGGCGCUGCUCUGACCUCUUACGGAGCCCGCAUGCAUCACAUCAGACAAGGAACUGAGCAACAACUCAGGUUGGAAUUUUGCAGUGAAGACAAAGCUCAGUUUGUAAGUGGGACAGGUGAGAUGAGGGAAGCAGUAAGAGAGCUGCCUGGUAUCACGAAUGGGGAAAGCUGUGUCAAAAGGAACUGCUUUAUAUUUCUCCCUUAUUGUCUUCAGGAGUACAGCCUAUAGUCCUCUUUGUAUUGUACAAUAAAAGCAAGUAGGUGUUGUUUAUUGUAAAGGGUAAUGUAUUUGUUUCCAGAGUUAAAAAUUCCAAAAAAGGCCAAAACAGUGCAGAGACCAACACUGGAGCCAUGCUAAAAAUACUCCAGCAUUUCCCCUGGUAGAAGAUGCUAAUGUGUUAAAAGCACCACCCGUCUGCUUCGUGUCGGGGUUUGGGCCAUGGUGUGGCCAUGUCACAAGUGUUUGUUGCAGGGACAGGUGAGCUGCUCUUGUACAACCAGAGUGGGUGUAGUGUGCGUGGUGAGCUGAGCCAACCACACUGAGAGCACAGAGAGCAGUAACUGCAGUGGAAGCAGACUGCUAGGAGGAUGCAGCUUCUUUGUCUCAAAGAAGCUUACUAAAACCAGAUUUGUCCUUCCUGGGAGAACCUCGGCUGUGUGUCACUUGGAGUCAGACAGCUCUGCAGCUGGUAAAGUGCAGCCCAUCUUGUCAUGCCUUGUGCUUUAUGGGGUGUGGGUGAGCUCACGGAGCCAACAUGGUCACACUGCAACUGCAAAGACCUUCCUCAGUUUGGAUGCUACUCUGAAAUGUAAUGCUUUAGGCUAUGACUGCUCUUAGAAUAAACAAGGGAUAUCAGAAGGACCAACAAACAACAUCAAGAGUUAAAGGCACCAAUUAAGUCAGUUUGAGAAAAAGAUAAGAAUGAUAAGCCAAAGAAAGCAGCAUUGCUGGAAAGGAAUGUGUGUGGGUGGGAAGGGGCUGCACAUAAGGCAGACAGCAAUUCCAUCUGGAAGCUGCAGACUGCGAAGGGCUGAGGAAGAUCCCUGUGAGCAGGUCUCAGUCCUUCACCUGCAGCAAAAUGCAGCAUUACUCACAUCCUGGGUGCUGUGGAGGAUGUGGAUUCCCAGUGAUAUCCGUGUGUGGUUUUUGUGAGCUGGAUGCACAAUGCAUGGCUGGGCAAGUGGUGUGCAGAGAGGCUGGAGCAGCCGAUCCUCUGGUUUGUGCUCUCCCAGGCAGACUUCUGCAGCUUGCUUCUUUCUUUUCCCAUUUGCUAAUACGUGUGCAGACUGCAUUCAGCAUGCUGCUUGUACCAUGCCUGUUAAACCAGGAAAAUGCUUCCAGAGUCCCAUGGGCUCUCCUUGUGGGACAACCAUGCAGCCGGAGGAGCCCUGAGCUACUAGCUCCUAAACCACAAUGGCCCUUAAACUAUAUUCCUAACUCAGCCCAAAUUUUGGGGCUGUCAGAGUGUGUCUGCUUUCUCACUCCCUGUGCAACAACCACAUUGACACCAGUCCUCCUACCAAAACAAAUAGCAAGCAGUACUGUUUGUGCUGUCAUGCAUUUCUAAGCAGUGGUUUCAAGCCUGAUUUAGCUGGGUAUUUAUACUGUGUUCAGCUCUACUUGUAAUAUUUAGGCAUUUCAGAGUACUUCCAGAGGUCCUUGACAAUCUCAACGAGUUUGUGGUUCUGUGGUUUCUUGUCCUUUUUAGUCCUACCUGAUGGAGGCAUCGGGUUGGUUGUUUAUCACCCCAGUAAACACCUUCCUUUUAUGUGAUGGGUAAAGA